CGUGCGCCACAACGCGCGCCGCGCGCACAAGCUCGUCGAGGGCGUGGACGCCUGGCGCGUGUUCCAGAUGGCGCUAUGGGUGCGCGACUACGCGGAAGCGGCGCAGAACGCGGUACAGGCGCUGACAGAAGCGUGCGCGGGCGCGCCCGAGCACUCCGCUCGCUACGGCGCGCUGCUGGCUUCUACCGACGUGCAGCGCCAUCUGUCGCGCCACCAGCGCCGACUGCACGCCAUCAUACACAGAAUUAUUGCUGAAAGUGGUCCUGCGUGUGGAAAGGAAUCGGCAAUUAUUGAAGUUGAUGACACGGUGUUCUCGACGUCUUCGGAGUCGAUUCGCAGCGGUGUCAGUAUCGCGAGCGGCUACACUAAGCGGCUUUCUGCUUUCCGCAGGAGUCUUGCGCCGAAGGUGCAAGAGACGGCUCUGAUUGACGACAUACCGGAACAAGCUCGGCGCUCGACGGUCUCGCUGCGCGUGGUGACACUGGGGCUGGAGGAGUCUGCGCCGACGCUCAAGCCGAGCCAGUUCAUAGCGCGCUCGCGCAAGUCCCUGCGAUGAAUGCUAAACAUUUACAUUUUUGAUACUAGACUUUACAUUGUAUGAAUUAUUUCGAGUUUUAAUGAAUUGAAAGAUUUGGUGUUAACAGAAUAGAACUGUUAUUUUUAUUAAGGUAUGGGCACACCAAUGGUUGCAAGAUAGGUGGAGGAUUGAAGAAAAGGCUGGAAAAGCUAGAGUAAGCAUUUCUUGUUUACAGAAAAUAACGCUUCAUGGCUUUGUAUUUGAACGUACGAAAUCUUAAUAUCAAUUUCAUUCCGAUAUCUAUUUUAUCACUUGCAGUGUGCGCAUGCACUUAAGUUUCGAGAGAUUUUUCAACAUUGAUUUCGUAAAAAACAAAGAUUUUGUGUUUCGAGAAAUAAAUGUGAUUUUUAUAAUGUU